AUAUUAGUACAACCCUGCUAUUCCCAAAUAGCAAGAUCCCUGUCUACUGCACAGCUCGAGGCAGAGAGGAGCCACCCGGCUUGAUCACGCAGGCAGCAGAACAGCAGCAUGGGAGCGGACAAGAAGCACAAGCCGAGCCCUAGGGACCAGGAUCAGGCAGCUAAGGGGACGUCGGAAGCGCAGCAGACCCCCAAGGAGAACAAGGCCGAAGCCAAAAAGAAGAAAACACUGGAUGAAUCGCAGACUUGCUGCGGCUGCCGCUUUCCGCUCCUGGUGGCCUUGCUCCAGCUGACCCUUGGUGUGUCUAUCACAGUGGUGGCAAUCAUUAUGGCUAUAAACUGCUCCUCAUUACUAGUCAGAGACACCCCACACUGGGCCGGGAUCAUUGUCAGUGUUGUGGCCAUCUUGGGUUUGAUCUUGCUCUGUCUCCCCUAUCAUCCUGAUGAGAAGACGUCUGGACAAUUUGCCUUGAAGCUGCUGUAUUUCCUGCUCAGCGCACUCAGCUUGAUUAUUUGUGUCCUGGUCGUGGCCUUCGCUGCUCACCAUUACAAUCAGAUAACCAAAUAUACUUGCAAGAUGGCAGUUGACUUAUGUCAGUGCACCCUGGACCCGUCAGACCCGCUGAGCCGCACCUUCGUCUACCAGAAUGUGGCCGACUGCGACACCGUCACCACCACCCUCAAGAUCUUUGUGCUUCUGCAAAUGACUCUGAACCUGCUGCUUGCUCUGGUCUGCUUGGCGGCCUGCUUCAUCAUGUGGAAGCACCGCUAUCAGGUCUUCUAUGCGGGCAUGUGGCUUCAAGGUUCAUCAGCACCUGAGACUCCCCAACAGAAAGUAUAGAGGGGAGAACCCAUCUGAUGUCAGCUGGCAAAGUGAAACUUACUACAGCACUGACCGGAUCCCAAUACACCUGGGGUCACAAUAAUAUUCAAAUAUUCAGCUUUUCUGGACCCUUUGUCUUCAGGGAUCUCACUUUCCUCUAACAUCUACUAAAAUCCAAAUGUACCCCACUUUCUAACAGAACUGACAGCUUUCCUGCCAACAUUUUCAGCCCCUGGAUUUGUACUGGGACCCCUAAAUGCCUUACUCCACAAUAGUGGUCUGUCCAGCAUACCGAUUCUAUGAAUGUAACCAACCC